AUGAGAGCUAGAGGGAGAGCGAGAGAUCGGGCAGACGACGAGGAUGAUGAAGAGGGAGAGGAUCUAUUCGGAGAAACAAUGGUCAACGAUUACGAAUCCAACGCUGCGCUCGACACAUACUCUCAAGCGGAUAUCGAUGACCGAUCGUCCAUAGCUGAGAUGACUCGAAACGAACGAUUGGCAGCUGAACGGUCGAUGGAUCGAAGAGAUCGCGGACUUGGAGGUCGUCGAGCGGGUCGUCGGGAUCAUAUGCCGGCAUUCCUACAGAGUGACGACGAUGAUGCGGAGGGCUACGGUGAGGGUUUAUUGAGCGGCGUCAAUGUAAGGAGGCGGAGAAGACAAUACGAUGAGCGCAUGGAUGAGGACGAUGCCGAAGAGGAAGAGGAGAUGUCGCUUGAACACCUGGGGGAUGUCAAGGCUGGAUCUAUCGCCGAAUGGGUGGCCUUUGAGAAUGUUCGUCGGGCCAUCCAGAAGCAUUUCAGAAGUUUUCUCAUGACGUACGUUGAUGAGAAGGGGCAUUCAGUAUAUGGUCAACGUAUCAAGCAUCUCGGAGAGGUCAACUCCGAGUCCCUUGAGGUAUCCUUUAUCCACCUUGCCGAUUCUCGACCUAUCCUCGCUUAUUUUUUGGCCAAUUCGCCUCAGCCGAUGCUCGCUCUCUUUGACGAAGUGGCUCUCGACGCCAUUCUCCUGUAUUACCCGUCUUAUGAUCGUAUCCACUCCGAGAUCCAUGUGAGGAUCACCGAACUGCCCACAUCUACUUCUCUCCGUGAACUCCGACAGAGCAACCUCAAUUGCCUCGUCAAAGUCUCCGGAGUCGUCACGAGACGGACGGGUGUAUUCCCUCAGCUCAAAUACGUCAAGUUUGACUGUAGCAAGUGCAAUGCCGUGCUAGGCCCUUUCUUCCAGGAUACGAACAAGGAGGUCAAAAUCACUUUUUGCUCUGGUUGCGAAUCACGCGGACCAUUCAGCGUCAAUUCGGAGCAGACUGUGUACAGGAAUUACCAGAAGAUGACUCUUCAAGAGAGUCCCGGGUCCGUUCCUGCCGGUCGGUUGCCGAGGCAUCGGGAGGUCAUCCUGCUAUGGGACCUUAUCGACGUUGCCAAACCAGGAGAGGAGAUUGAGGUCACUGGUAUCUAUCGGAACAAUUUCGACGCUUCGCUCAACACCAAGAAUGGCUUCCCGGUGUUUAGCACUGUCCUCGAGGCCAAUCACAUCAACAAGAAGGAGGACCUCUUCGCCGCGGUCAGACUGACUGAGGAAGACGAAAAGAUGAUACGAAAUAUGGCAAAAGACGAGCGUAUCUCAAAACGAAUCAUCAAAUCCAUCGCUCCAUCCAUCUACGGUCACGACGACGUGAAGACGGCCAUCGCCCUGUCUCUCUUUGGUGGUGUGCCGAAGGAUAUCAACCGAAAGCAUCGAAUCCGAGGAGACAUCAACUGUCUUUUACUGGGUGAUCCCGGUACUGCCAAAUCUCAGUUCUUGAAAUACGUUGAAAAGACUGCGAAUCGAGCCGUAUUCACGACUGGCCAGGGUGCGUCAGCCGUUGGUCUCACCGCGUCCGUUCGUAAAGAUCCCAUCACUCGAGAAUGGACCUUGGAGGGUGGAGCUUUGGUCCUGGCCGAUAAGGGACAUUGCCUGAUUGACGAAUUUGACAAGAUGAACGAUGCGGAUCGAACGUCUAUUCACGAAGCGAUGGAACAGCAAUCCAUAUCCAUCUCAAAAGCUGGUAUUGUGACUUCCCUCCAGGCUCGAUGUGCCAUCAUCGCAGCUGCCAACCCUAUCCGAGGAAGGUACAAUCCGACCAUUCCGUUCCAACAGAACGUCGAGUUGACAGAGCCCAUCCUGUCUCGAUUCGACGUGCUCUGCGUCGUCAAGGAUGCCGCUGAUCCGGUCCAAGAUGAAAUGUUGGCCAAAUUUGUGGUUGGAAGUCAUCUCCGAAGUCAUCCACAAUUCGCACCUGAAGAGGACGAGGUUAACGUCGCGACCAGCAUUGAUGCGGACAUCAUUCCGCAAGACGUGCUGCGGAAGUACAUCAUGUACGCCAAAGAACACAUUCAACCUAAAUUGCAACAACUGGAUCAAGACAAAUUGGCCAGGCUAUACGCUGAUCUCCGAAGGGAAUCCCUUGCGACUGGCUCCUUCCCCAUUACCGUUCGUCAUCUCGAGUCAAUGAUCCGAAUGAGUGAAGCGAGUGCGAAGAUGAACCUGAGAGAUUAUGUCCGAAGCGACGACAUCGACCUUGCUAUUCAAGUGACUGUCGGAUCAUUUGUCAAUGCCCAGAAGAUGAGCAUCAAGAAGACUCUAGAGAGGGGCUUCAGGAGAUAUGUGCAUCAAGCGACAGACAACCAAGAGCUUGUCUCGUUCAUUCUGGGUCAGAUGAUCAAGGAAAAAGUCCAACUCUACCGUCAUCAACGUGGGGAGAACCCUCCUUCGGUAUCAAUCAAAGUCAAUGCUUUGGAGGGUCGUGCAAAGGAAUUGGAGAUUUACGAUGUUGGACCAUUCUUAAAGAGCAAAUUGUUCAUCGCCAAUGGCUACAAGGUCGUCCCCGGGGAGGCUGGAGGGAGCGUCGAAAAGGUAUUUGCAACCGAGGUCUUGUAA